AUGAAAGCAAUAUUAGUAGCAGGAACUAUCAAUGAUCAUGGAUAUUUAUUACCAACUGUUCCAUUUCUUCUCGAUUCUUUGGACAUCAAUUCACAAUCGGAUGAAACUAAUGAUAGCAACAGUAGCGGUGAAAUUUUUAAACGAGCUGUUACAAUUGAAGACUCUGAAGCUCAGAUUCAUCACUUGGAAGAGAAUAUCGCCAUGCUGGAGGACUUCAUAAAAUUGAAAAGAUAA